AUGGCACUUAAACGUAUUCAAAAGGAACUUGCAGAAAUCAGUAGAGAUCCACCUGUUGGAAUUAGUGCAGGACCUACUGAUGACGACUUAUUCAAAUGGACUGUUCUUAAAUCUAUCGCUGGUCUUCUUGAACAUCCUAAUCCCGACGAUGCUUUAGUAGGGCCUAUUGCUGAGAUUUAUAAUACAAAUAGGUCAAAGUUUGAUAAAACUGCCAAGGAUUUUGUGAAAAAGAUUAGAACUAUUAUUUCUCAACUGUGUGACUAG